AUGGAAUGUGGAAAAGGCCACAGUGACCACCUGGUUGAUACAGACAGGCCCAUCAGUCCUUCGGAUCUGUCUCUUGCUUCAACAGUGUUUGGAUGGAACAGACCCAGGGUCGCCCAUUCUACCGGCCUCCGACCACCCUCAACCUUUUUUCCAGUCGCAACCUUCGGAGCCAUCUUCUUGCCACCCUCUGCCUCCGGGACCAGCCAACCCGCGACUUUGAAUUUAUCUCCUCAUUACCAAUCAACCCCGAGCGCCCAAAUUCGUCAGAAGUACUCCACAGAGGUGGAAGCCGCCGUCAACAUGCACCUGCGGGCCUCCUACACCUACCUCUCACGGGGCUUCUAUUCCGACCUGGACGACGUGGCCCUGGAGGGCGUGGGCCAUUUCUCCCGCGGGGUGGCUGAGAAGAAGCGGGAGGGCGCCAAGCGUCUCUUGAAGAUGCAAAACCAGUGCGGGGGCCAUGGCCUCUUCCGGGAAGUGUAGACGCCGUCCCACGAUGAGUGGGGUAAAUCCUUAGACGCCAGGGAAGCCGCCCUGCUUCUGGAGAAGAACUUGAAGCAGGCCCUUCUGGAUCUGCAUGCCCUGGGCUCUGCCCGUGCAAACCCCCAUCUCUGUGACUUCCUGGAGGAUCACGUUCUAGAUGAGGAAGUGAAACUCAUUAAGAAGAUGGGCGACCACCUAACUAAUCUCUGCAGGCCAUCCGGUCCCCAGGCUGGGCUGGGCGAGUAUCUCUUCCAAAGGCUCACCCUCAAGCACCGCUAG